AUGUCCUCAGGAUGGUCAGGGUUGUUAUCCGGAACUUGUAUUGCAUUGGAUUCUGCUUGGGUUGGGUAUGUUAUAUCUCGGGUUGAUUCUUUGCUAUUUUCUGGGCUAUCAAGGGUCAAUAUGUCAUUCUGCAUGCCGGGCGCCUUCGAUGAAUUCAAAUCCUGCACCAACUCUUCUCUUCAUCUCAGCUUUACAGAUAUGGCUAGUAAUGAUCCGGGAUGGGGUUAUGGGAAACCAGUUGAAGGAAAGGGUAAUGCUUGGGUGGUAUGUGAUUUCUGUAAUUUCCUUUCCAAGGGUGGGAUUACAAGACACAAGCAUCACCUUGUUGGUGAUUCCCCCUCAGUAAAAAAAUGUACCAAAGUUCCAGUCGAAGUGCAGAAACGUUUUAAAGAUGAAUUUCAGAAAAGGAAACAACAUAAAGAAGAGUUGAACAAAAUACCUCACUUUGACGAUGCCAUUGUUGAUUUAGACGAUGAAGAUGAAAAAGAUACGACUAAUAGUGACUUUUUCCAUUCGAAAAGCAAGAGGCCCAUGUCGUCCAGUGGCUCAACUAUAAACACAAAGAACCCCACGAAAGGGCCUUUGGAUGUGAUGUACCCGCCAUCUGAGAAAACAGGGAAGAGAAAGGGGUACUUGGUUGGAACCUCUGAACAUAAAGAAGUCCACAAAAAGUUAAGACUUGAUGCGGUUCAAAAGAUAUGUCGUUGGAUGUAUGAUGCUGGUAUUCCAUUCAAUGCAGUGAAAUGUGAUAGUUUUGGGCACGCACUUGAAGCGGUUGUUGUACAUGGUUGUGGUAUGAAACCCCCUAGCUAUCAUGAAGUACGUGUUCCUAUGUUGAAGCUGGAGAUGGAGCACACAAAAAAACUAUUGACAUUAAAUGAGGCAGAGAAGAAGUCAUACGGAUGCUCUUUGAUGGCGGAUGGUUGGAGGGACCGAAAAGGAAGAUCACUUAUUAACUUCCUAGUAAAUACUCCAUGAGGAAGUAUGUUUAUAGAAUCGGUAGAUGCUUCUGCUUGUUCUCAUAUAGGUAUGGUAUUUUUUUGUUCCUUUUUUAUGCUGUUUUUUUUUCUGUUUUAUA